ACUCCAGAGCGCCGAGGCUUCUUCUGGUCAGGACUACAUUUCCCAGUGGCCCCCGCGAGCACUGGGCCCGUUGCCCCUUUGUGUCCUCCGGAGGCCGAGUCGCCUCUUUCCGGGCUCGCGGAGGCUGGGUUCCAUCAGAUUCAGGCCAGGAGGUGGGCCCGAGGGGAGGUUACGCGAGCCUUCCGGGCUGGGACCUGGUCUUCCGGCAGUUCGGUUCUGCAGACACUGCCAUUCCCCAGGAGAAGAGUCAAGGGAGUAAAGAAUGGCUGUUGGACUUCUUAAAGCCAUGUACCAGGAGUUGGUGACCUUCAGAGAUGUGGCUGUAGACUUCUCCCAAGAGGAAUGGGAUUACCUAAAUCCUUCUCAAAGGCAUCUGUACAGUAAUGUGAUGUUGGAGAACUACAGGGUUUUGGUAUCACUGGGACUUUGCUUUUCUAAACCAAGUGUGAUAUUAUUGUUGGAACAAGGGAAGGAGCCCUGGAUGGCGAAGAGAGAGAUGACAAAAGACUUGUGCACAGACUGGGAAUCUAUGUGUGAGACUGAAGAAUUAACCUCAAAGCAGGACAUUUAUGAACCACAAUCAUCUCAGAAGGUAAUAGAAAAACUUACAAGCUAUGGCCUUGAGUACUCCAGCUUGAAAGAAGAAUGGAAAUGUGAGGGCCAUCUUGAAGGGCAACCAAUGAAUCAGAAAGCAUGUUUCAAGGAAGAGACAAUCACUCAUGAAGAAGCCCCUGUUAAUGAAAGAGGACAAGAAUAUAACAAAACUUGGAGAAGUUUCCAUCCCAACACACUACUUCAUACACAACAGAUAAUCCCCAAAGAGGAGAAAAUACAUAAACAUAACACACAUAAAAGCUUAAAAAAAAAAUUAAUUGCCAUUAAGCCCAAGAGUAUCUAUACAGAGAAGAAACUUUUGAAAUGUAAUGACUGUGAAAAAGUCUUCAGCCAGAGCUCAUCCCUUACUCUUCAUCAAAGAAUUCAUACUGGAGAGAAACCCUAUAAAUGUGUAGAAUGUGGGAAAGCAUUCAGCCAGAGAUCAAAUCUUGUUCAACAUCAGAGGAUUCAUACUGGAGAAAAACCUUAUGAGUGUAAGGAAUGUAGGAAAGCCUUCAGUCAGAAUGCACACCUUGUUCAACACCUGAGAGUUCAUACUGGAGAAAAACCUUAUGAAUGCAAGGUGUGUAGGAAAGCCUUCAGCCAGUUUGCUUACCUUGCUCAACAUCAAAGAGUCCAUACUGGAGAGAAACCCUAUGAAUGUAUUGAAUGUGGGAAAGCAUUUAGCAAUAGAUCAUCUAUUGCUCAACACCAGAGAGUUCAUACUGGUGAGAAACCUUAUGAAUGUAACGUCUGUGGGAAAGCAUUUAGCCUUCGUGCAUACCUUACUGUACAUCAGAGAAUACAUACUGGAGAGAGACCCUAUGAAUGUAAGGAAUGUGGGAAGGCUUUCAGCCAGAAUUCACACCUUGCUCAACAUCAGAGAAUUCAUACUGGAGAAAAGCCUUACAAAUGUCAGCAAUGUAGGAAAGCAUUCAGCCAGAUUGCCUACCUUGCUCAACAUCAGAGAGUUCAUACUGGAGAGAAACCCUAUGAAUGUAUUAAAUGUGGGAAGGCUUUUAGCAAUGAUUCAUCCCUUACUCAACAUCAGAGAGUUCAUACUGGAGAGAAGCCUUAUGAAUGUAAUGUUUGUGGAAAGGCUUUUAGUUACUGUGGAUCCCUUGCCCAACACCAGAGAAUUCAUACUGGAGAGAGACCCUAUGAAUGUAAGGAAUGCAAGAAAACUUUCAGGCAGCAUGCACACCUUGCUCAUCAUCAGAGAAUCCAUCUUGGGGAGUCACUCUCACCACCCAAUCCAGUCAAUCACCAAGUCCUGUAGACUAUUUCAUAAAUACUUUUGGAAUUUAUACUCUUUUCUCUAUCUCUAAUAUUGCCAUCCUAGUUUAAGACCUCAUCUCACAUGGAUCACUCUAUAGCUCUCUUUUUAAAAAAAUUUUUAAAUUAUCAAAGUAUGACAACACAUUUAAAGGAGACUUGGAAAAUACAAAACAAAGUUAUAUAGUUCCACUAUAUAUUACAAUUAUUUUUUUAAGUAGAUAAAUUAAGACUUUUAGUUGGAGUUUCAAUAUCAAACUCUCAAAAAUUAAUAGAGUGAAUAGGCAGAAAAGUAGAAGGAUAUAGUAGAAUAGAAAAGCACUAUUUAUGAACCAUUUCAACAUAAUUAAGAUUUAUAUAAUUUUCACACAACAGUAGGGUAUAAGUUCUAUUGAAGUUCCCAUAGACUAUAAACCAAGAGACUCUGUAACAUAUCCAGGGAUGUAAAAUGAGGUGCAAAUGUUUCAUGGUCUAAAAGUAUUUAAAUCAUACAGAGUCUGUUCUCUUAUCACUGUGGAAUUAUGUUAGGAAUCAGUAUGAAAAGAUAUUUGAAAAUAACCUACACAUUUUCAAGUGCAAUGUGACAUUUACCAAGAGAGAUCUUUGACUUAGCCAUCAAAAGCCUCAAUGAAGUUAAAAGACUGGAAAAGCACAGAGGGUGAGUGCACAGAAGAAAGCAUGUAAAUGAGAAAUUAAUAUCAAAAUUAGAAAUUAAUAUCAAGGAUACUUUAAAAAACCCAUGUAUUAGGAAAUUAAAUGUCCACUUUUAAAUGAUGGGUGUAUCUAAGAAACCAUAACAAGGAAAAUUAGAAAACAUUUGUAACAAUAAAAAUGAAAAGAGAAUUUAUCAGAAUUUGUUUCAUGCCCAAUGCAGCUAAAUACAGUGUGGAAUCUUGAGUAAGAUAUGAAGACUAAUAAUGGACUCUAGCAUAAAAUUUUGUGAAAUUUGAACCAAAUCUAUAGUUACUGUAUCACAUGUUAAUUUCUUGUUUUU